AUGGGCGACGAUAAGUUCGACUACCAAGCCCUCCCCAUCCCCAGCUACGAGGAGGCCACCGCCCAGCCUUCCUCCUCCCGGUCCGAUGUAGGCGAUAGCACCGAUGCCGAACGACAGGGGCUCCUCGAUCACAAUGCCUCCAACUACCAACCCCCGACGGUGGAAUCGGCGCGCGGCAGUCUCGAUGACCUCGCUUCCUCCGCAUCGGGCUCGACCCGGGGCUCGACCGAUCAGCUGCGGAGGGAACUGGAUCAGAUGGAUGUCGAUGACUCUGCAGUAGGCUCCUCUAGCAGUACUCGCCCCCGGCUCCGACAUCACUUCUCCAAACGCCUCUCCAGUCUCACCCGCACCUUGUCUGCGAUCCAACGACCCCUGCAACGUUACCUCCCACGCAUGCCCAGCUUCCGCUUCACGAUCAAUCUCGGCGAGACCCGGGCGCGCAUGAAGGAUCAUGGCUGUAUCAUGCUCUUGCGGCUAUUUGCCUUGAUGCUGGUGGUGUCGCUGGUAUAUGUCUUCUUCAUCGGAGAUAUCUUCAAUUUGAACAAUCGCAUGGUGAUGGGCCAAUCCUACAGUGCAUCUUCCGUCGAGAACUUCAUCCAGGGGCACAUCAAUGAAACCAACAUCGCCGAGAAUCUGAGAAUAGUCAGCGGUAACACUCGUGUCGCGGGCACCGAGGGAAGCUUUGUGUUGGCAGAAUGGAUCGAGCAUGAGUUCCAUAAGGCUGGGUUUGAUAAGGUCCAGCGGGAAGAGUUCCAGGUCUACCUGAACUAUCCUCGCGACGAUGGCCGUAAAGUGGCCAUCGUUGAUCCACCCCAUAUGGUUUGGGAAGCCACUCUCGAGGAAAACGGCGCGCAGUACCCGGUAUUCCACGGGCAUUCCAAGUCAGGAAAUGUGACGGGACCUCUGGUUUAUGCCAAUUUUGGAUCCCGUGCCGAUUUCCAGCUUUUGGCUGACAAAGGCAUCUCGCUCAACGGCUCGAUCGCUCUGGUGCGCUACUACGGGACGGAAGGAGAUCGAGCGUUGAAGAUCAAGGCCGCCGAACUGGCUGGAGCGGUGGGCUGCAUCAUAUAUUCCGAUCCAGCUCAGGAUGGCUUUGUACAAGGCCCUGCCUACCCGAAAGGACGCUUUAUGCCGUCGGACGGAGUACAGCGAGGCGGGGUCAGCCUGAUGUCUCAUAUUGUUGGCGACGUUCUUAGCCCUGGCUUUGCAUCCACACCCGAGGAGAAGCACAGGUUGUCACCGGAAGACAGCCCUGCUUUAGUCAAAAUCCCAAGUCUGCCAAUCGCCUGGCGCGAUGCGCAGCGACUCUUGCAGGCCAUUGAAGGCCACGGCUUCAAGGUACCGCAGGAAUGGGUGGGCGGUGUGCCUAAAGUCCAGGAAUGGUGGACAGGCGAUGAAAGGUCGCCCACCGUGCACUUGAUGAAUUUGCAAGAUGAAGUUGAGCGACGGCCCAUUUAUAAUGUGCAUGGGACGAUCAUCGGACUGGAGGAACGUGACAAGAAAAUCAUUGUUGGCAAUCACCGAGACGCAUGGUGCUUGGGCAGCGUCGACCCUGGCAGUGGUACUGCGGUCUUUUUGGAAAUCGUGCGAGCCUUCGGUGAGCUGCUCACCUAUGGAUGGCGGCCGCUUCGGACAAUCGAGUUCGUCAGUUGGGACGGUGAAGAGUAUAACCUCAUCGGCUCAACAGAGCAUGUUGAAAAAGAGAUAGACAACCUCCGAGCCAACGGAUACGCCUACUUGAAUGUCGACGUGGGCGUGUCCGGUUCUAAGUUCCGCGCAGCAGGGUCCCCAGUUUUCGAGCGCUCGGUCCAUCAGAUAUUGGGCCGCCUCUCCGACCCCUUCGCCAACAAGACUCUAAAAGAACUCUGGGAUGACAGAGGCCAGCGGCUUGAGCCCCUCGGCGCUGGCAGUGAUUACGUCGCAUUUCAGGACAUUGCGGGCACCUCGAGUAUCGAUUUCGGAUUCGAGGGUGAGGCAUUUCCUUACCACACUUGCUAUGAAACAUACGACUGGAUGGAGAAAUUUGGCGAUCCUGGCUUCGUGUACCACAAACUACUUGCUCAAUUCUGGGCCCUGCUUUUGCUCGAUGUCUCGGAGAAUCCGAUGUUGCCAUUUGACAUGGAGGCCUACGCUAAAUCCGUGACGGGCUGGGUGAAGGACCUGGACGAAUUCGCCAAAACCAAGAAAGCCGAGGUCGACAUGCAACUUUUGUACAACGCUGCGGCUGAACUCGAGGCGAACACGGCUCGAUUUCAGUCCUGGAAUGAGGUCUGGCACGAUAAUGUCUGGGGCUCUGGUGGGUAUGAAAGUAACGUCAUGGCGAUCCAGCGGGUCAACCACAACGUCCGAAUGGCCAGUUUCGACACCCAUCUUCUAGAUCUAGACGUGGGCGGCGGUAUCCCCAACCGCACCCAAUUCCGCCAUGUCGUCUUCGGUCCAGAACUUUGGUCUGGCUACGAUGCUUCCAUCUUCCCUGCGAUUCGUGAUAGCAUCAAUACGGGUAACUGGUCGCUCACUCAGCACUGGAUCAACCGGGUUGCCAACACCAUCCACUAUGCCAGCAACAAGCUCCUGUAUUAA